GCACUGGAAUCUCCUAGCCGGUGGCGUCGCCGUCUUCUUCAUUGCUUCGCCAGGACAAAUUCCUCCACCAAACCGACGAGCACAAGUGAACACGAAUAGAGGAUGAAGAGCAGUUCCGUCGGCUCCCCUUCUUCCUCGCCGAUCAUCUGCGCGUCCUUCAACCAAGACAACAGCUUCUUUUCAGUUGGAACAAAAGAUGGGUUCAAAAUUUUUGAUGCCAGGUCAGGUAGAUUGUGCUAUGAAAGAGCUGUUGGUGCUUUCAACAUUGUUGAGAUGCUAUUUAGUACAAAUCUUCUUGCUAUUGUUGGGGCAGGAGAGCAGCCAUCACUAUCGCCUCGGCGACUUUGUCUUUUCAAUUUUCUGACUGGAUCUACACUCAGAGAGUUAAAUUAUUUGACAUCAGUCCUAGCUGUUCGUCUUAACAAAAAGAGGCUUAUUGUCAUCUUGCAGGAUAAAGCAUAUAUUUAUGACUUGAACAGCUUGGCUGUUUUGGAGACAAUAGAUACAGUACCAAACAACAAAGGACUCUGUGCAUUUUGCCCUGGAUCAGAAGGUUGUUAUUUGGCUCUUCCAGCAAGUACAAGUAAAGGAUCUGUCUUGAUUUACAACACAGUUGAGCUCCAAUCAGUCUGCCAGAUAGAUGCACACCGUUCACCAUUGGCUGGAAUAACAUUCUCCUCCACUGGUACAUAUUUGGCAACAGCUUCUGAACAAGGAACUAUCAUCAGAGUGCACCUCGUUUCGCAAGCUACUGAGUCAUAUAGUGUCCGCAGAGGAACAUAUCCAUCAACAAUCUAUUCCCUGUCAUUUGGGCCAUGCCUUGAAUUCCCUGAAUUUCUAGUUGCUACAAGCUCAUCUGGCUCCCUACAUACUUUCUCCUUGGGGCAGGCAAUAAAGCAAAGAAGAAAACCAAGUGGAGUCAUUGGUUCCUUGAUCCCUGACACGUUGUCUGAUUCGUUUGACCAAACUUUUCAUCACAUUCUUCACAAUGCUGCCCUUGCCGGUGUCAAAGGUAAAAAAAUUCCACAAUCUUCUCAUGAUUUGCAAUAUGAUUCCACUGACAGUUGUUUUUGCUCCAUCAGGGCAUCUAUUUUCAUCAUUUCUCACAAUGGUUACUUCAGAGAAUACACAUUAAAGAUCACUGAGUUGAAUGAGUUCUCAUGGAGCUUAGAACGUGAAAUCAAUCUCUUAGACAAUAUUUUGAACGAGCCAUUCUAAAGCAGCUGCAGUAGCAAAUCUUCAUUGUUUUUCAUUGCUUAUUGUUCCCAUUGUGAUAUAUCUCUAUCUCUGCAACUCGUCGAAAACAAGAGGAUCGUGGGCACAGUGCCAGUUGAUUGUAGAGCUUCCGAUAUUCCUUGGUUGAUUACAGAAGACUGAUAGAGAAGACUUUCUUGCUGAUCUAUUGAUUGAAACUAUAUCUAUACUUGAAUGCUUUUGAACUUGUUGCAGGAGUGAUGUGGGACAAAUGAUUUGCAUCUGGAUCAUUAGUCAAUGGAUGAUAUGAAUCUUUAUUGUCGCAAGAUCUAGAGAUGUGUAAUUUCUUCUCUGACGGGUGUAAUUAUACGAUCUUAUUAUAAAAUUUGGUGAUGUCUGGUGCCUAGCAUUCACCUUCAUUGUGAA